UGCGGCCUCCCGCAGGCACAAGGAAGAGCUGCUCUGAGGGGUGAGAGGGGCUGGACCGAACAGUGCUUGAGGUGAGGCGAGCAGGAGGCCCCCGCAGAUUGUGCUUCCUCUUCUGACCUGUCUCUCCAGAUGCCUUUGACUCCAGAACAGCCCUCUGGGUACAUGGAGGGGCCCCCUGCGUCAGAGCCGGCCUCGUGGCCCCCGCUACCCUGCGGACCCUGCGUCCCCAUCAUGCUGGCCCUGGCCUCUCUGGCUGCCCUUUUCCUGCUCAGUACAGCUGUGCUGGCCGAGCGCCUCUUCCGCCGCUCUCUGCGCCCGGACCCCAGCCACCGGGCACCCACUCUGGUCUGGCGCCCUGGAGGAGAGCUAUGGAUUGAGCCCACAGGCACCCCUCGAGAGCGCUCCGAGGACUGGUAUGGCUCUGCGGUCCCUCUGCUGAUGGACCAGGCCCCAGACCCUCAUAACCCCAGGGGAACCUUGGAGGCCAGAGCAACAGCCCCACCUGCCCCUGUAAUUCCACACUCCCCUCCCAGCUCCUUAGUCUCUCAGCCCCCGCCUAAAGCCCCAGCCCGCAGCACCUUCUGGGGACCCCAGGCCUGGGAGGAGAGGCUCCACGCCCCGGGCUUGGUGAGCUGGGCUGAGCCUGAACAGAGGCCAGAGGCCAGCGUGUGUUUGGGGAGCCCCCAGACCCGAAGGCAGCGCCCGGGAAGCCCUGAUUCUGAGUGGGGCCUCCAGCCUCUGGUCACCCUGGAGCAGAUCUCAGCUUUCUGGAGGCGCGAAGGCCGGACCAGCAUGGAUUUCUGAAUCUCCAGGGCCUGGAGGACUGGCUUCCCAGAGACUCUGAGGAAGGCCCAACCUCAGAGGGACCUUAAGACCCUAAGGCUCCAGCUUGGGAACCCAGUGACACGUGUGGCCUCCCCAGGGAAGAAUGCCCCAGGCCUUUUGCAUCUGGAUUUCAGUUCCACUGUAUCUGGGUCUGGGCAGGUCGGUGUGGACAGAGCCUGUGCUGCAGUGGAAGCUCAGAGGUGCCACUGCGUAGGCUGUGGUGCAGAGACCUGGAGGUGGGGCUGACUCUGGGCCAGAAGCCACCAAGAUUCCAUUGCUGAUUAAAAACUCAAGGUACCAGACAGGCAUGAAACAGCAUCACUGCAGUAGCUUCUACCUUCCUUCAGUGUGCAUCCAAAAUGCCAACAUCAGUGGGAAGGGGUCCUAUGGAUGCUGAAGAACAGACAGCGUGAUAAUGAUGUGUGUCAGUCGUGCCAUCAGGAGAUGACAGGAAUCCAGCUUCCAGAGCCACAAAUCAUAAAGAGGGGUCAAGAGCGGGCAAAGGAGCAUCUUAUUAUAUGAGAACUGUGGCUUUGACUCCCAGCUCAUAGCAGGGAACUUGGGGAGCCAAACUGGAGAAGCCCUCUCUUGUCUACAGCUGGGAUCUAGAGUCCAAAAAAAUCGGUGGGCUCCUCUGCUUGUCCUCUGAAGUCUGACACAUCCCAGACUUCAGAAUCUUCUCCCUCCAUGGUGAGGGAGGCCUGGGCCAAGGCGACCUGAGGUUGAGCCGAUGGGGAAGACAGCACUAUCCUGGGCCAGGGCAGCUCCCCAAAGUUCAGCCUCUGGCCACCUUCCCUCCCAGCUUGCUGGAUCCAGCUGGGUGGAGUGUUCUGGAGAGACAGAUUCCCCCCAGAUGGACUUACUUAUAAUACUCUACCCUAGAGAAAUGGAAACCCAAAAUGUCCUUGGCCCUAUAGACAUCUAUAUCAGAUGACCUCUUUGGGAGCAGGGCCAGGGACUGGCGAGAGACAAGGAAUUAGCAAUCCCCAGAGGUCUGAUAUCCCAAACUGCAGUCAUGAGUGUUAGAAUUUUUGCCGUACCAGUUGACCACCUGUACUAUUAUUUACUUUAUAUUUUUCUUUAAAUUGGCUUACUAUUUGCUUAAUAAAUUUAUUUUAAAAGGAAUCUUUUUUGUAUCACCUCUGUAAAUGGAAAACGGGUUUCACUUGCUGUAAAUAGAAGGUAAAACAUGAAAAUAAACACAAUGUAAACAAAGA